AUGGCUUGGGACGAUGAUGACUUUGAUAUUCCAACAAAGAAUAAAGCUGCGGUGUCAUGGGAAGACGAAGAAGACGACGACCCACUUUUAGAUUCGUGGGAUAUUGAUCCAGAAGAAGAUGCAAAGAAGAAAAAAGCUGAGAAAGAAGCCGAGGCUAAGAGAAAAGCAGAAAUCAAGGCUAAGGAAGAGGCAGCUAAAAGGGUAAAGGAAGCUAAGAGGAAAGAGCUUGAAAAAUUUGACGGGUUGGAUCCAGCUACUCGUAAGGAAAUGUUGAGAAAAGCCGAGUUAACUUCAGAUUUGAACAAUGCGGCUGAUUUAUUUGGCGGAUUAGGUGUGGCUGGUGAUGCUGAUGGCGGAAAUGACGACGACUUUGACAUAAAUGAGCAUCCCCGGGAGAAAGAAAGAAGAAGAGCAGCGCUUUUGGCAGCACUGAAAAAACCAGCAUUGACUAAAGAUUCACCAUUAACAGACCAUCCUUUGUUCCAGCCGGUAAACAAACAAGAGUAUGAAAAAUUAAGAAAAGCACUAGGCACUACUUUGACUGCUUUGAAUAAUGAUAGCUCUUUGUUAUACGCUUCUAGUCUAGCAAUUGAUUUAAUCAGAGAUUUAGCACAGCCGUUAUCUUUGGAAAACACAAGAAAAGUUAUUAGCACUUUGAAUGUGGUUUUAAAAGAUAAAGAAAGACAAGAGAGACAAGCUAGAUUGCAAAAGGCUGGUGGAACUGCUACUGGUGGUGCUGGUAAGAAGAAAGCCAAGCCUGCAGCUAAAACAAAUGUUGGAGGUUUCAAGAAGGAUGGUUUAGGCGGUGAUGAUUUUGACGAUGAUUUUGACGAUGACGACUUUAUGUAA